GCUGCCGCGUUAACCCUUCGCCCGCUGCCGUCCGGGGGCGCUGGGAAGUCGCCUGGGCACACACGUGCCGCCUCCGUCGGGGCCUCGGAGCUGCGGGGGAGAUGCGGCAGCCGGCGCCGCCUCGGGGGGCUCCGCCUCGCCCCAGCCCCCCGAGCUCUGACGCCGCCCCCGCCCCUCCGCCUCCACGCCUCGCUCCCCGGGAGGGGCGCAGACCCGCGCGCCCGGGGCCGGGGCCGCCUCCGGAGCGCCGCGAUCCGCCUUUUCUUCUCUCUCUCUCUCUCUCUCUCUCUCUCUCUCUCUCUCUCUCUCUCUCUCCCUCUCUCUCCUCUCCCCCCUCUCUCUCUUUUCCUCCCUCCCCCCCCUUUUAAAUUUUGGUCGGUGGCGGCAGUGCUGGGCCCGAGGAAGGAAGGGACACGGAGGCCGCCCUCGCUCAGCCACCCCCUCCCCGCUUCCCCCUGGGCCGGGCUCCGGGAGAUGUGCCGGGCGGGGGGCCCGGCUUCGCGGAGCCGCCGGAGGAGCGCGCACGGCCGACCCCGAAGCGCCGCUGGACAGGCUGGUGGGCCAGGCCGUGGUACCCUGGUGAUGCGGGGCGACGCCCCCCCCACAGUCCGCUGAGAGCCCUGCGCCCGCCCCUGGCCUUCGCCAUGGCCCGAUUGGCUGCAGCACUCUGGAGUCUCUGUGUCACCACUGUCCUCGUCACCUCUGCAACCCAAGGCCUGAGUCGUGCUGGGCUCCCAUUUGGAUUGAUGCGCCGGGAGUUAGCAUGUGAAGGCUACCCCAUCGAGCUGCGGUGCCCAGGCAGCGACGUCAUCAUGGUGGAGAAUGCUAACUACGGGCGCACAGACGACAAGAUCUGCGAUGCCGACCCUUUCCAGAUGGAGAACGUGCAGUGCUACCUGCCCGACGCCUUCAAGAUCAUGUCACAGAGGUGCAAUAACCGAACCCAGUGUGUGGUGGUGGCCGGCUCCGACGCCUUUCCUGACCCCUGUCCUGGAACCUACAAGUACCUGGAGGUGCAGUACGACUGUGUCCCUUACAAAGUGGAGCAGAAAGUCUUCGUGUGCCCAGGGACCCUGCAGAAGGUGCUGGAGCCCACCUCCACACAUGAGUCAGAGCACCAGUCUGGUGCAUGGUGUAAGGACCCGCUGCAGGCAGGUGACCGUAUCUACGUCAUGCCCUGGAUACCCUACCGCACGGACACACUGACUGAAUAUGCCUCAUGGGAGGACUAUGUGGCUGCACGCCACACUACCACAUACCGACUGCCCAACCGUGUGGAUGGCACCGGCUUCGUAGUCUACGAUGGCGCGGUCUUCUACAACAAGGAGCGCACGCGCAACAUCGUCAAGUAUGACCUGCGGACCCGCAUCAAGAGCGGUGAGACAGUCAUCAACACAGCCAACUACCACGACACCUCGCCUUAUCGCUGGGGAGGCAAGACCGACAUUGACCUGGCGGUGGAUGAGAACGGGCUAUGGGUCAUCUAUGCCACCGAGGGCAACAACGGGCGCCUGGUGGUGAGCCAGCUCAACCCCUACACGCUGCGCUUCGAGGGCACAUGGGAAACGGGCUACGAUAAGCGCUCGGCCUCCAACGCCUUCAUGGUCUGCGGAGUCCUCUACGUGCUGCGCUCCGUGUACGUGGAUGACGACAGUGAGGCGGCCGGCAACCGCGUGGACUACGCCUUCAACACCAAUGCAAACCGCGAGGAGCCGGUCAGUCUCGCCUUCCCCAACCCCUACCAGUUUGUGUCCUCCGUCGACUACAACCCCCGGGACAACCAGCUGUACGUGUGGAACAACUAUUUUGUGGUGCGCUACAGCCUGGAGUUUGGACCCCCAGACCCCAGUGCUGGCCCGGCCACCUCCCCACCUCUCAGUACCACCACCACAGCUCGGCCCACACCCCUCACCAGCACAGCCUCGCCUGCAGCCACCACCCCACUCCGCCGGGCACCCCUCACCACACACCCAGUGGGUGCCAUUAACCAGCUGGGACCUGACCUGCCUCCAGCCACAGCCCCAGCACCCAGCACCCGGAGGCCUCCAGCCCCCAAUCUGCAUGUGUCUCCUGAGCUCUUCUGUGAACCCCGAGAGGUCCGGCGGGUCCAGUGGCCAGCUACCCAACAGGGCAUGCUGGUGGAGAGGCCUUGCCCCAAGGGCACUCGAGGAAUUGCCUCAUUCCAGUGCCUCCCUGCUCUGGGACUCUGGAACCCUCGGGGCCCUGACCUCAGCAACUGCACCUCUCCCUGGGUCAACCAAGUAGCCCAGAAGAUUAAGAGUGGAGAGAACGCAGCCAACAUCGCCAGUGAGCUGGCUCGGCACACGCGGGGCUCCAUCUAUGCCGGGGACGUGUCCUCGUCGGUGAAGCUGAUGGAGCAGCUGCUGGACAUCCUGGAUGCCCAGCUCCAGGCCCUCCGGCCCAUUGAGCGCGAGUCAGCUGGCAAGAACUACAAUAAGAUGCACAAGCGAGAGAGGACCUGCAAGGAUUAUAUCAAGGCUGUGGUAGAGACAGUGGACAACCUGCUCCGGCCAGAGGCACUUGAAUCCUGGAAAGACAUGAAUGCCACAGAGCAGGUGCACACAGCCACCAUGCUCCUAGAUGUCCUGGAGGAGGGGGCCUUCCUGCUGGCCGACAAUGUCAGGGAACCCGCUCGCUUCUUGGCUGCCAAGCAGAAUGUGGUCCUGGAGGUGACUGUCCUGAACACAGAGGGUCAAGUGCAAGAGUUGGUGUUCCCUCAGGAAUACCCCAGCGAGAACUCUAUCCAGCUGUCCGCCAACACCAUCAAGCAGAAUAGCCGCAAUGGUGUGGUCAAGGUUGUCUUCAUCCUCUACAACAACUUGGGCCUAUUCUUGUCCACGGAGAAUGCCACAGUGAAGCUGGCGGGCGAGGCAGGGACUGGUGGCCCUGGAGGUGCCUCCCUGGUGGUGAACUCACAGGUCAUUGCAGCAUCCAUUAAUAAGGAAUCCAGCCGCGUCUUCCUCAUGGACCCUGUCAUCUUUACUGUGGCCCACUUGGAGGCCAAGAACCACUUCAAUGCAAACUGCUCCUUCUGGAACUACUCAGAGCGCUCCAUGCUGGGCUACUGGUCAACCCAGGGCUGCCGCCUGGUGGAGUCCAAUAAGACCCAUACCACAUGUGCCUGCAGCCACCUCACCAACUUCGCAGUGCUCAUGGCUCACCGAGAGAUCUACCAGGGCCGAAUCAAUGAGCUGCUGCUGUCAGUCAUCACCUGGGUUGGCAUCGUCAUCUCCCUGGUCUGUCUGGCCAUCUGCAUCUCCACCUUCUGCUUCCUGCGUGGCCUGCAGACUGACCGCAACACCAUCCACAAAAACCUCUGCAUCAACCUCUUCCUUGCGGAGCUGCUCUUCCUGGUUGGGAUAGACAAGACUCAGUACGAGGUCGCCUGUCCCAUCUUUGCGGGCCUGCUGCACUACUUUUUCCUGGCCGCCUUCUCCUGGCUGUGCCUAGAAGGCGUGCACCUCUACCUGCUGCUGGUGGAGGUGUUUGAGAGCGAAUACUCACGCACCAAGUACUAUUACCUGGGCGGCUACUGCUUCCCAGCCCUGGUGGUAGGCAUCGCAGCCGCCAUUGACUACCGAAGCUAUGGCACCGAGAAGGCCUGCUGGCUGAGAGUGGAUAACUACUUCAUCUGGAGCUUCAUUGGGCCCGUGUCCUUUGUUAUUGUGGUGAACCUGGUAUUCCUCAUGGUGACCCUGCACAAGAUGGUGCGAAGCUCCUCAGUGCUCAAGCCUGACUCCAGCCGCCUUGACAACAUCAAGUCCUGGGCGCUGGGUGCCAUCGCGCUGCUCUUCUUGCUGGGCCUCACCUGGGCUUUCGGCCUCCUCUUCAUCAACAAGGAGUCAGUAGUCAUGGCCUAUCUCUUCACCACCUUCAACGCCUUCCAGGGGGUUUUCAUCUUUGUCUUUCACUGCGCCUUACAGAAAAAGGUGCACAAGGAGUACAGCAAGUGCCUGCGCCACUCGUACUGCUGCAUCCGCUCCCCGCCAGGGGGCGCGCACGGCUCCCUCAAGACCUCCGCCAUGCGGAGUAACACCCGAUACUACACAGGGACCCAGAGCCGAAUCCGGAGGAUGUGGAACGACACGGUGAGGAAACAGACGGAGUCCUCCUUUAUGGCAGGCGACAUCAACAGCACCCCCACCCUGAACCGAGGUACCAUGGGCAAUCACCUGCUGACCAACCCCGUGCUGCAGCCCCGUGGCGGCACCAGCCCCUACAAUACCCUCAUCGCCGAGUCCGUGGGCUUCAACCCUUCCUCGCCCCCAGUCUUCAACUCCCCAGGGAGCUACAGGGAACCCAAGCACCCCUUGGGAGGCCGGGAAGCCUGUGGCAUGGACACCCUGCCCCUUAACGGCAACUUCAACAACAGCUACUCGUUGCGAAGCGGGGUUCCCCCGGGGGAUGGGGGUCCUGAGCCGCCCCGAGGCCGGAACCUGGCCGACGCCGCGGCCUUUGAGAAGAUGAUCAUCUCAGAGCUGGUGCACAACAACCUCCGGGGGGCCAGCGGGGGCGCCAAAGGGCCUCCGCCGGAGCCUCCUGUGCCGCCCGUGCCAGGGGUCAGUGAGGACGAGGCCGGCGGGCCUGGGGGUGCUGACCGGGCAGAGAUUGAACUUCUCUACAAGGCCCUGGAGGAGCCUCUGCUGCUGCCCCGGGCCCAGUCGGUGCUCUACCAGAGCGAUCUGGAUGAGUCGGAGAGCUGUACGGCGGAGGACGGGGCCACCAGUCGGCCCCUCUCCUCUCCUCCCGGCCGGGACUCCCUCUAUGCCAGCGGGGCCAACCUGCGGGACUCGCCCUCCUACCCGGACAGCAGCCCCGAGGGGCCUAGUGAGACCCUGCCCCCGCCCCCACCUGCCCCCCCUGGGCCCCCAGAAAUCUACUACACCUCCCGCCCGCCGGCCCUGGUGGCUCGGAAUCCCCUACAGGGCUACUACCAGGUGCGGCGGCCCAGCCAUGAGGGCUACCUGGCAGCCCCCAGCCUCGAGGGGCCAGGGCCUGAUGGGGAUGGGCAGAUGCAGUUGGUCACCAGCCUCUGAGGGGCCUCAUGGACCAGAGGCCGGGGGCCUGGCCGGGGAGGGAACCCAGGAGGGGCUCUGGUGGGAGCAGAGACUGACGGAGGCUGGUGGGCCACUCUCUCCAGGUGCCCCUCAGCCCGUGGGCCCCACUGUCCCCUCAGGGGCGCUGACCUGGGCCCCAGGUGCCAGGGUGAGACAGGGUUUCCACCAGCCACACGCCCCAGCCUCUCUAGGGGAGUGCAAUGAGGAAAAGCCCCCGGGCCCUGGGAGUGAGGGAGAAGCUGGUAGGUGUGACCGACUUCUGACACUCCCUGCCUGUGGAGGAAGAGCAAGGGGUAAGGCUUCCCUAGGUCUUUAGGGGGUUGCCGCUUUUGAGGUGGUCAAAGCCUUGCAGGAUCCAGUCUAUCAGCUGCUCCUCUCCAUCCAUCAGAAGGGAGCAGCGGGGGAUUGGGCAGAUGGAUAGGAUCCUCCCAUGCUACAGUUCCCCGUGCCCUGGAGACUGGGCCUUGGACCCCAGCCAGGCCCAGGGCAUGGGCAGUGGCGCUGGUGGUUAACGUGGAACUUUCUCUGAAGCUCCUUGAUCCCUUGCUAUUGGUCCCUGUCUCCCAAGCAAGCCUGCCCCUCGACCCCCAGAGUGCACCCAAUGACCCCCUCCCUUGGGGUGACUCCUGAUGAAGCACAACUCCCCGCAGGGCCCCAACCCACGGGGGUGGCCAUAUUUGGGCAGUUCCCAGUCCUGUGGGCUGGGCUAUCUGGGGAGCAGAUUUGGGGUCUGGGGCUCCCUGAGGAGUGGGUCCUGGGUUUGGAUCUUUCCCUAGGGGGUCCUCUUACCCCUCUCUCUUCCUCCCCUAUUGCUGUAAAUAUUUCAACAAAAUGGAAAAGGAAAAAAAAAAAAA